CGAGAAAGCGAAAGAACCAACGAAAGAGAGUGUAAGCUCUCUUCUUUAUCCACACACUUAGUGUACUGUGUUUUAAGCAAGAUUGGUUCUUUUUGCUCGCAGUUGAGUUUUGGGCAGAAAAUGCGUAUGAAUCAGGGUGAAGGUGCGGCGCAGGUUUUGGAUCUGGAAACUGCGCUCAAAGAUGGGAUUUUGGGCGGUGGAGUGGUUGCCGCCGGGAAGAAGCUUAGUCUGGGGAAAAUGAUUGAAGAGCUUGAUUCCAUUGAGGUGGUUCCUUGGGUGUUCAUUUGCCCAAUUUCUCUAGAGCCAAUGCAAGAUCCUGUGACCCUUUGCACAGGGCAGACAUAUGAGAGGUCCAACAUCCUCAAAUGGCUGUCUUUGGGGCAUUUCACAUGCCCCACCACAAUGCAAGAGCUUUGGGAUGAUUCAAUCACCCCAAACAGGACCCUUCACCACCUCAUCCACACCUGGUUUUCCCACAAGUACAUGGCUCUCAAGAAGAGGUCUGAGGAUGUGGAGGGGAGAGUCUUGGAGAUUCUUGAUAGGUUGAAGAAGGUUAAGGGCCAGACUAGGGUUCAUGCCCUGAAGGAGUUGAGGCAGGUUGUGAAUGCCCAUGAUUCUGCCAAGAAAGCAGUGGUGAAAAAUGAUGGGGUUAAACUCAUUUCUUCAUUGUUGGGUGCUUUUACUAUGCACACUGUUGCUUCUGAGGCAAUUAGGAUUUUGGUUCACUUGGAUCUCAGUUCAGAUGCCAAGGCCAAUCUAGCACAGCCAACCAAGGUUUCUUUAAUGGUGGAUACAUUGAAUCAGGGAUCCAUAUCCACAAAGAUCAACUGUAUGAAACUGCUUGAAAUAUUGAUAGAAGGGAAGGACUCUGACUCCGGGAUCGUUUCAAGUUUGAGUCUUUUCGUGGGACUGUUGCGAUUGGUGAAGGAUAAGAACCACCCCGAAGCAGUCUUGAGCAGCCUCCGGCUGCUCAAGACAAUCACCUCCCAUGAAUCCGUUAGGACCUCAAUUGUCAGUGUUGGGAGCAUCCCUCAAUUGGUGGAUGCCUUGCCCAAUCUAAAUCCAGAAUGCCUGGAAUCAGCUCUUGUGAUUCUCGACGUUUUGUCCACCCUCCCAGAGGGUUCAUUGGCCUUGAAGGAUUGUCCUAGGACAAUCCCAAACACGGUGAAACUACUUAUGAAAGUCUCCGAGAAGUGCACUCAGCUAGCUUUGUCGAUUUUGUGGGCUGUCUGCAAGCUCGCCCCCGAAAGAUGUGCCUCCGUUGCUGUUGAGGCCGGGCUAGCUGCUCAGCUCCUCCUCGUACUUCAGAGUGGCUGCAAUCCUGCAUUGAAACAGCGGUCAGCAGAGCUCUUAAAGCUCUGCAGUCUAAAUUACACCGCUACCAUUUUCAUUUCAAAGUGUAAACUUACGAAAACAAUACAAUGAUGUUACAAAAACUUCCCCUUUCCAGAUUCCAACCGCUCCCAGACCAAAUACUAUCAAUGAGAAAGCAGUCUUGAUCGAGCACUGAGGCACCAUUCUUGUAUAUACAUAUAUAUUUAAUCGCUUUAGCGUUCAGCCAUGGAUGAUAAGGUUUCAUAACUUUCCUCAUGAAUAGAUGAACUGCUUGUUACCAUUAGUCCUGCUGCUGUUCGCGUAGAAGCAUAUUUCUCCCUGGAGAAUUUUUGUCAUUGUAAAGAUUGCUACUUGUAAAUCUUCUGCUGCUUCUAGAGAUAUAUAUAUAUAUAUAUAUGUAAAAUGCAAACAUAUAUAAGUGAUUCUUUAAUUUA